CGACACUCAUUGCUUCUCCUCCGGUCUUAAGGUAUGAGACGCUUGCUCUCAGCUUCCUCAGCAAUGUCAGAGCAGCAAUCCGAAGAAGUUCAGCAAAUCGAGAAGCUCUACGAGUUCAGCGAGCGUCUCAAUGCCUCCAAGGACAAGUCUCAGAUAGAGGAGAUCUACAGCGAGCGAAUUGAAUCGCAAUCUCCGGUUUUGUUAAUCGCAAGCUUAGGUUGAAAUUGCAGAUUCAGACCGAGCAAGAUCGUAUUUGGGUAUUUGAAGGACAACAAAAUUUUCUGAAUUCG